UAAUUAAACAUGGCCAUAAGCUCAGAUCAACCCAACCAGGAAAAAGGCUGUAAAUGGAGGCGCGUGAUAUAUUUAUCCAGCAAAACAAACAAACACAUAUCAAAUGUUUUAAUUUACAAGAUUCAAAGAAACUUAUCUAACAUCGCAGACAACAUUUGAAAGAUACUGAUGCUGCACACCAAGCACUGUUGUUAGAUUACACUGAUAUUUAGGUUAUAUUUAGAAGGGAUAAAUUUGUCUUUUGUGUGAAGAGUGCCAACAAGGAAGUACAACACUUAUUAUUGACACGAUGUUUCAUGGCUACACAGGACUAAGGACAGCAGAUCUCGCACAAUGUUCUGCAAGGCAUCUUUGAAUAUCCGACCCCAGGAGAUUGUCGCCAGGCCGAACCUACAAUGGGAGGUGGGCGCAUACUCCUUGGAGGACAUUCUACAGAAGUACCCCCUCCCUCGUGUGGUGCAGUGUGCCUAUACACUCAAUGAUGACAUAUCCACGGAGAAGUCCAACUUUGAUUUUCUUCAGCCCAUGUUGUUGCACCAGAAGCGUGUGUGUAACAAGGUGACAGCAACCAGUCUCAAUACUGAUCCUCAAACUGGACACACGGUGGAGGUCGGGGCACCCCUACUCAUACCUGAAGAUUACAAAGGAUGGUUUGCAGUCACAUACAAGCCCCACGUCGAGCCAGUUCCCCACUUCUGCCAGGUUGAAGUCCUGGCUUCAUCUGACUGCGACACGAUCCUGAUUGGUGGAGAAUGUGAUGUGAAUGCAUUGCAGGUAUACAAAGAAGGUGACCUACCACAGCCAAGAGUUCUCUACCCUGGCGAUGUCCUUAGUGUUGGCAACGUGCAUGUCACAACAACUAAAGCGAAAAAGAAAAUGUUCAAAAAAUCGGUUUCGAGGGAAGAGAAGUUUCUCCGCUGCACAGAUUAUGCUGACAGAGAGGUACUCCUUCCCUUUGAUGCUACAGGAAUCUUCUAUGCUCUGAAGCAAAAGAGGAAAACGGAAAUUCCCAUCAUGCAUAUUAAAGAUAUCAUCACUGAUAUCAAACUUCCCUGCAUAGUCAAGUUGGUGUACGGACGUUUUCCAGUCACUCCGUGUAUAUUUACUGGAAUGUUGAAGUUGGAGGAAUGCCACAAAGAUGCGUCAGUCAUUGUGUCCUCUGUUUUCAACCUAAAGAAUAUACUUCUGGAGAUCCCAGUUACUAUUCCUCUGAUGUUCAGAGUGGCUAUAACUGACAAAUCACUGAUAGUAAGUAAAGGCUAUAAUAAUGCGUUAAGGCAGUGUCAAGAGGAGAUGGAAACCUACACGAGGAAUAUCAAAGUAUCUCAGGGACAAACAACAGGAGCACAAGCUCAAGUCAAAUCCCCACCACUUUUUCCUCAAGUCCCGAUUUCUGUUCACUCGAAGACUACUUCUGACUGCAUAGCCCCUGAAAUGUCAAGAUAUUCACGUAAAUCUCCCAAACUUACAAAUGGGAAAUCAGUAACUUCUGAGUCAGCGCCUCCUGUCGAUCAAUGCUUCUCCGGGAGAUCCUCCUCCUCCUCCUCCUCCUCAGCACGUGCUUCUUCCAAGCGUGACAAUGAUUACAUACCAAUGUGGAUUGGUCCACAGACGCCUACUCCACCAACAUCUGAAGGGUCUGGGUACCCUCAUUCUCAACCACCGCAGAUUACAAAACAAAAUUCGAUAACCAUAAGCACGAGAAAUGGAUAUAUGACCGUGCCGAUGUAUCCUCGCCACACUGAAGUCGCGGACAGAGAGCAGGUCAUUAGCCUUGUAGACAAGAUCAACUUAUGGCAGCGUAAGAACACAUUUGACCAGAAUGGUUCCAGUCCAGAUUCGGUGGAUCCUGCUACCGGUGCCAGUAUGCCUAGAAGGAAAGCUAGCUUCACAUACUCAGAAACAGGUGAAAUAACGGAGGGUGGUGAUACAAUAAGGCAUCAAGCGACGACAAAAGGGCCGGCGAUUAUGUCUCAAAAUAUCCAAAUCAUGAGGUAAUACAGAGAGUUAAAGGGGUCGGUGGGGAGCCUAGUGGUUAUAGCUGUCGCUAUAAUUUGUGAAGCCCAUUUCUGGUGUUCCACGUCAUGACAUUGCUGGAAUAUUGCGAAAAAGCGGUGUAAAACUAUACUCAGUCAAUCAGAGUGUUAAGGGGACAAUUUCAAAACGUCUUAUCCUUCUCAACAUUGAUUUUGAUUUUGGACUAGUAUUCACAAUAUCAGAAACUAUGAUCCAUCAACCAUAAGAUGAAUAAGAUCACAGAGGCUACACCUUCAGGUGUAUGUGCAGAGAAGGGAAUAGAAUUCUAUACCCAGACGACUUUUGUUCUUUAUUUAAUAUUAUUCUUUUCCUUGGGGCACGGGUGGCCACGUCGUCUA